AUGGCCUAUUACAGCCUGAGCCAGAGCGCCACAGGGCCGCUAAAGACGCCCAAGAAGAUGGCGCCUACGCCCACUGGCAGCACCGUUAUUAGCACCACCAGCAGCGCUGGUAUUAGCGGCGUUAGCACACAAGUAACCGCCGGCACAACGGGCGCCACAGGCCUGUUGGAGGAGCUGCAGCCCGGCAACGUCGAGCUGGCGGACCAGUUCCCGGAAUUUUGUUUACAACCCCAGCGCCCCUCUGGUCUAAAUAUCGACACCAACCUCGCCGCUUCAUCUGCAUCGGUCCAGCUCCAGCUGCAGCUCCAGCAUCUCACCAGCACCAGUAAUACUUGUAAUAGUACUACUACGACGACUGCCACUGCUACCACCACCACCGUCACCACCACUUCAUCCACCUGCUUGACCUCCCUGGGCCUCUGCACGCCCCCAAGCUCUCCCGUCAGCUCAUCGGCCGUCUCCAGACUCGCAUCGCCUGUCAGUGCCGCCAAGGCUGAGGCUGACCCUGUGCCUGUGUCUCUGUCCGUGUCGCUGCCAGUUGAGCGCCUGCAAACGCCCCUCUCUCUAUCUCUACCCCGGCCACGCUGCGCUUCGGACCCCCAGCGGAGUGGGCGGGACAAGGAGGAGACUCGUAGUAUUACCGGUACUGCUGCACUCCAGCGGUCAGAGAAGCGUCGCUCGUCAUUGGGCACCAAGGCCCUGAGCCAGUCUCCAACGCGCUCAAAGCUUUCCCGUCCUCCAAAGCCACCGCCCAAGCCAGCAAAGUUUUCCAGACAACCUCGCCCGGCAGAAACCCAGAGUCAAGCCGACUCUGACUCUGAUCUCGCCCUAGCGGAGUCCAAGGCCUCUGCUGCCGACGUACUAGUCGAUUCGUCGUCGAUUCGAGGGGUCCAUGAACAAUUCCUCAACAGGAUGACUCUUUCAGAGCAGCAGAGAUGGAUCACGGUCCAGGAAAAGACGUUUACCAAAUGGCUUAACACAAAGAUUGUAGCCAGGAAUCUUGAGGUCAAGGACUUGGUGCCGGACCUUAGCGAUGGUGUUAUGUUGAUUCACUUGCUCGAAUGCCUGUCUCACGAAUCUCUCGGUCGAUAUGCCUCCCGGCCGAAGCUCCGAGUUCAGAAAUUCGAAAAUGCCAACCUGUCUUUGGACUUCAUCAGGUCGAGGGGUAUCCAGAUGACAAAUAUUGGUGCUGAAGAUGUCGUCGAUGGCAACCGCAAGAUUGUUCUCGGUCUUAUCUGGACCCUGAUUCUGCGCUUUACCAUCAGUGAUAUCAAUGAGGAGGGCAUGUCGGCCAAGGAGGGUCUGCUCCUGUGGUGUCAACGAAAAACUGCAUGCUAUGAUGAGGUCGAAGUUCGCGACUUUAGUAGCAGCUGGAACAACGGCCUUGCCUUUUGCGCCUUGCUCGAUAUUCACCGCCCGGAUUUGAUUGACUUUGAUACCCUGGACAAGUCGGACCACCGCGGCAACAUGCAGCUGGCCUUUGACAUUGCCCAAGAGGAGAUUGGCAUUCCCAAGCUGUUGGAUGUGGAAGAUGUGUGCGAUGUGGCGAAGCCUGAUGAGCGAAGUUUGAUGACAUACAUUGCCUACUGGUUCCAUGCCUUCUCCCAGAUGGAAAAGGUCGAAAAUGCAGGACGACGAGUUGAAAAGUUUUUCAACAACAUGCAGGGCGCGUGGGAGAUGCAGAAUGCCUACGAGAGACGGAUGCGGGAGCUCCUCAAGAACAUCCGAGGCCAGGUUGACCAGUGGCACACAGCCAAGUUUGAAGGCACCUAUGCUGAUGCAAAGGCCCAGGCCGCUCAAUUCUCAGAGUACAAGAGGGGUAAGAAGCGAGAGUGGGUUGCUGAGAAGAGCGAGCUGGCCACGUUGUUGGGAAAUAUCAAGACGAAGCUCAGCACGUACCGGUUACGGCCCUACGAACCUCCGUUCGAGGUCAGUCAAGAGGUCAUUGAGAGAGACUGGAAGAGUCUCACAAAGAGCGAGAUGGCUCGCGCACAGCUCAUCAAUGAGACCAUUCGAGAUAUCAAGAACGCGCUACGAAAGUCAUUUGCAGAUAAAGCCAACGAUUUUGCAAUGGCUUUGAACACCAUGCAACUUGCCAUUUCAGGCUUGGAUGGCGAUAUUGAAGACCAGUUGCACCACGUCAAAAAACUCAGCGAUAAUUUGGCACCCCUCGAUCGAUAUCUCAGCACCAUUGCAGAAGUAGAUGCCAUGUGCGAGGAAGCAAACAUUGAGGAGAACGACUUCACCACAUACACAUAUGACGAAUUGGCCUACGAGUUAACCUUGGUCAGAUCAUCCGUCCAGAAAAAGCUGUCCUUUUUGGAAAAUCAAAUGGUCGCCCGCAACAUGACCAACUUGACGCCCAUCCAAUUGGAAGAGUUCGAGAGUGUGUUCCGUCAUUUCGACCGCGACGCUUCAAAUUCGUUGCAGGAGCUCGAGUUCAGUGCGGCCCUGGCCUCGCUGGGACUGGUUUUCUCUGAAGAGGAGAUGCACGACUACUUUGUCGAUACGUCUGGGGGCAAGGAAUAUGUCACAUUCGAGCAGUUUAUUCGGUUCAUGGUCGAUGUCACCGAGGACCAAAACACUGCCGAGCAAGUGUUCCAGUCGUUCCGAGAGGUUGCGGAUGGAAAACCGUACGUCACCGAAAUGGAUCUGCGCCACAGUCUUGUCCCUGAGGAGGUCAUUGAUACGCUCCUCAACAUGAUGCCGCCGCACAGCGGUCCAGAUAUGUCAAGGGAUCGGGGUAAAGCCCAGUACGACUACAUCUCCUUCAUGGAGAAGAUGAUGGGUGGCGAAGAUGCGGACGACGAUAUACCACCCGGUGUGCUCCAGGAUAGCACCAACAGCGGUGAUCGACCCCGAAGAGAUUCCAAGGUCAACGGCGUGCAUGCUUAA